CGUUUGGUGUUGUCGUUGUUUAAUUUUGCUGGGCGAAUCUCAACAGUUCGGAAAGGCUUCCAGUGAUGAAGUUCCCACAACUUUUGAAGGCAGGCUGUCCAGAGUCUCGACAUCUUGUCUACAGUGUGGUCACCGAAACUGGAUGCAGUACUCUGUGUGUGGUCUUACUAAGGCUUUCUAGAUUCUCUGCAAGUCUCUUGAGACGGAGUUGCAGGAUGGACCCAAAAGAAAAUCUAAGGACUUCCAGCCUCUGAUUUCACUUGUCUGCCAGCCCCAGUCUUCCAAAAGCACAAAGACAAAGAUGAUGCCGAUAUAAACACACUGGACAACUGAGAAUAAGAAGCAAACCUGAAAAGCGAAGCAAAUUGAAGCAGAAAUAAAAAUAGUUUCCAUUUCCUUCUGAAAGCCACAAAAUUCGUAGCUAUUGUGGGAAAACACAGAGUUCAAACCACAAGAGGAUCCACACUGGAGAAAAGCCAUAUAAAUACUCUGAAUGUGGCAAAAGCUUUGGUCAGAAUAGCUUCCUUGUGAUUCAUAGAAGGAUCCACAUAGGACAGAUGCCCUACAACUGCCCCCAAUGUGGUAAAUCCUUUCGCAAGAAUUGCAAAUUUGUGAUACAUCAGCAGACUCACACCAGGAAGAAACCAUACAAGUGUCCAGAUUGUGGGAAACAUUUCAGUUACCAUUCUAACCUGGUGAUACACCAGCGGAUUCACACAGGAGAGAAACCCUUUGAAUGUCCUGAGUGUGGGAAAAGUUUUAGUCUGAGUUCCAACCUUGUGACACACCAGAGGAUUCACACAGGAGAGAAACCCUUUGAAUGUCCUGAGUGUGGGAAAAGUUUUAGUCUGAGUUCCCACCUGGUGAGACACCAGAGGAUUCACACAGGAGAGAAACCCUUUGAAUGUCCUGAUUGUGGGAAAAGUUUUAGUCUGAGUUGUAACCUGGUGAGACACCAGAGGACUCACACAGGAGAGAAACCUUUUGAAUGUCCUGAGUGUGGGAAAAGUUUUAGUCUGAGUUCCCACCUGGUGAACCACCAGAGGAUUCACACGGGAGAGAAACCCUUUGAAUGUCCUGAUUGUGGGAAAAGUUUUUGUCUAAGUUCCACCCUGGUGAGACACCAGAGGAUUCACACGGGAGAGAAACCCUUUGAAUGUCCUGAGUGUGGGAAAAGUUUUAGUCUGAGUUCCAACCUGGUGAGACACCAGAGGAUUCACACAGGGGAGAAACCCUUUGAAUGUCCUGAGUGUGGGAAAAGUUUCUGUCACAAUUCCAACCUGGUGCUACACCAGAGGAUUCACACAGGAGAGAAACCCUUUGAAUGUCCUGAGUGUGGGAAAAGUUUCAGUCACAAUUCCAGCCUGGUGAACCACCAGAGGAUUCACACAGGAGAGAAACCCUUUGAAUGUCCUGAGUGUGGGAAAAGUUUCAGUCACAAUUCCAACCUGGUGAUACACCAGCACGUUCACACAGGAGAGAAACCAUAUGAGUGUCCAGAUUGUGGGAAACGUUUCAGUCAAAAUUCCUUUCUGGUGCUGCACCAGAGGAUUCACACAGGAGAGAAACCCUUUGAAUGUCCUCAAUGUGGGAAAAGUUUCCGUCACAAUUCCAGCCUGGUGACCCACCAGAGGACACACACAAAAGACAAACCAUACAAGUGUCCAGAUUGUGGGAAAUGUUUCGGUUACCGUUCUAGCCUGGUGAACCACCAGAAGACUCACACAGGACUCACACACGGAGAGAAACCACAUGAGUGUCCAGACCUGCAGGGUCAAACUAUUUGAUUGAGGGCCACAUCAGGAUUGUGGUUGACCUUGUGGGUGGGCAUGGUGGAGGGACAUCAUGUGGCCAGCUCGACAUCUCUUGUGUCAUGGUGGCCCAGGCAGGUCUGGGGGGUUCCCUUGUCUCCAGCAGAGAAAGGCAAGACCAUGGUAAGCACCAAAAACCUUGUUCUCACCAUCCCUCUCCGGCCAUGCAAAGGACCCCAGGACACCAGCACAGGCUGCCCAGACCCCUGGGACCGUAUGCACUGAGCCUGGCCCUCAAGCUCCCAUUGCAUUGGGACCCCACAGCCCAGCCCCACUUCCUGAGGGGCUGCCCGACUGCACUUACCUCCUUAAGACUGUUGCUGUGCUCGCUCUCCUUGGGCACGUUGCUCAUGGUGUAUGCAGGAGAGCAAAGUGGUGUGUCAGAGGGUGGCCCAUUCCUUGUGAGGAGCCCCAGCUUUGUAACUAAAGCAUCCCCAGCAAUUGGAUGGGAGACCACCAGGAGAGGUCAGGAGGAGGGGACAAGGGGAUAGUAAAAGGGCAGAAGGGCAGCUGUUGGCCAAGUGCAAAGGUAGGACUUCCCUCCGAAUCUGACUCCCUCAUUAUAAACCUUCCUUCCCUUCCCUUCCCUUCCCUUCCCUUCCCUUCCCUUCCCUUCCCUUCCCUUUCCUUUCCUUUCCUUUCCUUUCCUUUCCUUUCCUUUCCUUUUUUUAAGCUGCCAGAGGCUCCCAACAAAGGCUUCUCAUUUUGUCCCCUCCACGAUCACUUCAGCAUGGUUUUUAGCUCACAUCUCCCAGACUGGUGUAUGUGUAUGGUUUUGUGUGUGUGUUCCCCUUGCAGCCCAGCCAGCGCUGUGAUAUUGGAGAGAAAAUGAAGAUCGGGAGAGGCUGGGGGUUGAGAAAAAGAAACAAGCAUUGCAAAAAAACAGCUUUUGUUAUCUUUCAGCCUACAAUCAGCUUGCAGGCUGUAAAUGAGUGAGUGCAAGUGAGUGAGACACCUCCCCCUGCCCCCCCUUCCACACACACACACACACACCUGUGUACAGGCAGGAGAGGUGAGCGGAGAGUCAUGCAGAGAUCCAUCAGGCACAGAGGCAACAACAGGGGAAGGGGAUCCAAAUGGGAAGCCUCUGCCCAUUUAAAAAAAGAAAACCCUGGGGAGCUUCCCUUCUUGUCCACCCUCCCCUCCGUUGCCUCCAUGCCUGAUGCCAAAGGGAAAUUCUGCUUCCUCCCCCACCCUGCAAUGCCAGAAGCCACAGGCCACCGUCGUUUGCCUUCCACGUCCCCCACAGACCCUGUGCAAUCUCCUACCGCCCAUGCAUGACAUGCUGGCCGUACCGUGACCAGCCUUAGAUCUGUGUCGGCGCCUUGGUUCAGCCCUCUGGCUCGGAGUGUGAGAAGGCUGGUGUCCUGGGUGAAGGGCAGUGCUCAGUCCCUAGGAACGCCAGGCCCUGCGCGCUCGCUGCCUGCUGUGCUGACACCCAGGGGGCUGGGCCGAGGUGGCGCCACAGGUCUAAGGCUGGGCGAGGUUCGUCCUGAAGGCAAAUCGCACCUGGUCAACCUGGGCCAAGCCAAGGCAUCACAGGCCGGUCCUUUAAUGUUUCCAGGGCAGACCCAAGGGCCAGAUGUAACCAUCUUGCAGGCCGGAUUCAGCCCGCGGGCCUUGACUUUGACACCCCUGGUCCAGAUGGAGGGAAAAGUUUUGGAUUGGUGGUGGUUUUUUUGAAUAUAUGUUUGAUUGGUACAUUUUUCUUUUAAAAACAUAAAAAGUUCCAUGUCUAUCUGAACAGCGUGUUGUUGUUAUUGUUAGUUGGGAAGUCGUGUCUAACCCAUCGUGACCCCAUUGACAAGGUUCCUCCAGGCCUUCCUGUCCUCUACCAUCCUCUUAAUGGACUUAAAGGAGUCCAUUUAAGCUCACGCCUACUGCUUCAGUGACUCCAUCCAGCCACCUCAUUCUCUGUCAUCUCCUUCUUCUUUUGCCCUCAAUCUUUCCCAGCAUUAGGCUCUUCUCCAGUGAGUCCUUCCUUUCAUUAGGUGACCCCAUACUAAUAGUAGUGCAUUUCUAACAAGGUGGUAUUUUUUGUAUAUUGAUUAUGGAUUUCCCACAUGUGGAGUUUCAGCCUUCUACCUUGGAGAACUCCAGAUGUUGAACCUCAGAAUUUCCCAGCCAAUGUACAAUUAGUCCUCGAGAUAUAACUGUCACCGGGCCUACCAAUUACGGUUACACCUUGCAACGGCCCUUAAGUGAGACUGCUUUGCUUAAUGUCCCCCCAGCCACCCACCCCGUUCUCUUUUGAUGCAGCUGUUAAAGGAAUGUGCAAGUUGUUAAGCGGAACACUGGCUACCUCAGGGUUGGGAGAAAGUCUUAGAGGCCUGGCGCAUGCCCAGACUUUCCUUCCAAAGGCCACCCAUAACCCAUCUCUUAGGCCUCUCCUUCCUAAAACAGGGUCCGUGUAGUCCUCUGGUCUAAGUCUGACCCACCAGGCAUCAUAGCUGCUUCCUCUCUAUCUUUUCAAGAUUUCUGAACCUUCCCUUGGAGAAGGAGGGUAGGACGCACAUCUGUGGGCUGCAUGACUGUGUCAUAGAAGCAGACGUUAUUUUCAGUGUGCCUGUUAUUCAUCCCUGGGCCAUGUGGUGGACUUGUGCAAGCGGCUGCCAUUUUGCCACGACUGCCUCACGGCCAAAUUGGCGGCUGCUUCUGAGUCAUUGUCAUGUGGGAGAGGGAGAAACUGCAUGUAUUGCCCCUGUCCGAGUCUGACUCUGAGAUGGAGGAGGAACAGCUGACAGAGAGAGAGAGAAUGGCUCCCUUGGCUGUGGAGCAAACUGGGGAAGGGCAAAGGGAGGCUGGGCAGAGCAGGGGAGAGUUAGAACAAGGGAGACGGGGUUCUGAUGAAGACCAAAGCCCACCUCCUCCUCAUCCUAGGGCACGCAGGGAAGAAUGGAGGAGAGAGCAAUGUGGCUUUCGACGGAGGAGAGGGGGCCCGAUCCCCUUCAUAAGAUACACCUGGAGGUGGAGUUUAAAAGGAGAGGCAAAUGGGAGGGGCCGUCAUAAAUAUGAACCAGUUGCCACGCGUCUGAAUUUUAAAUCACAUGACCAUGGAGAUGAUACAAAGGUCAUAACUCUGAAAAAUGGUCCUAAGUCACUUUUUUCAGUGCCCUUGUAACUUUCAACGGUCACUAAAUCAGAGGUGGGUUUCAGCAGGUUCUGCCCAAUUCUGGUGAACCGGGAGCAGAAAUUUUGAGUAGUUCGGAGAACCGGUAGUAAAAAUUCUGACUGGCCCCGCUCCCAUCUAUUCUCUGCCUCCCGAGUCCCAGCUGAAAUACUGAUUUUAUUUUUAUUUUAUUUAGAUAUUUUAUUUAUUUUAUUUUAUUUGUCACAACAGUAUAUAUAGGUAUAAGUAUGUAAUAACGGUACGAAUUGGAUACAAUCAAAGGGAACAUUAGGACAGGAAUGGUAGGCACGCUGGUGCUGUUAUGCACACCCCUUACAGACCUCUUAGGAAUGGGGUGAGGUCAAUAGUAGGUAGUCUUUGGUUGAAGAUUUGAGGAUUUUGGAAAGAAACCACGGAGUCAGGUAGUGCAUUCCAGGCAUUAGUAACUCUGUUACUGAAGUCAUAUUUUCUACAAUCAAGAUUGGAGUGGUUCACUUUAAGUUUAAAUCUAUUGUAUUGUAUAGUGUAUUGUUGCGAUUGAAGCUGAAGUAGUCUUCAACGGGAAAGACAUUGUAGCAGAUGAUUCUAUGAGUUAAACUCAGGUGAUGCCCAAGGCGGCGGAGUUCAAAAUUUUCUAAACCCAAGGUUUCAAGUCUUGUGGAAUAAGGUAUUUUGUUGUGAUCAGAGGCGUGGAGAAGUCUUCUUGUAAAAUAUUUCUGGACAUGCUCAAUUGUAUUAAUGUCUGAAAGGAGGUGUGGGUUCCAGAGAAGUGAGCUGUAUUCGAGAAUAGGUCCAGCAAAUGUUUUGUAUGCUCUGGUUAGUAGUGUAAUCUUUCUGGAGAAGAAGCUAUGGAAGAUUAAGUUUACAACUCUUAAAGCCUUUUUGGCGAUGUAGUUGCAGUGGACUUUGGCACUUAGAUUGUUUGAUAUGAAAACUCCAAGGUCUUUGACGGGGUGAGGUCAUCUAUAAGGUAAUGUCCAUCAAGCCUGUAUUUAGUGUUCUGAUUCUUUUUUCCAAUGUGUAAGACAGAGCAUUUGCUGGUUGAGAUUUGGAGUUGCCAAAUUUUUGACCAUUCCGACACAAAGUCGAGAUCUUUUUGAAGGGUAGCCAUAUUGUUGGUAGUGUUAAAUAGUUUAACAUCAUCAGCGAAGAUUAUAUUACUUAAAAUAUGGUCACAGAGGUCGUUAAUGUAUAAUAUGAAGAGUGUUGGUCCUAGAACACUGCCUUGGGGGACACCGCUAUUGACAGGAGCAGGAUUUGAUAAGGCACUGCCUAUUUUGACCACUUGUGGUCAGGAACGCUGUUUGACAGGAAUGCCGUUACCCAGUUAUGGAGGGGUCGAGAGAUGCCGUAAGAUUUUAGUUUUAGAAGACGUUUGUCAUGUACCACUGAGGCAAAAGCUUUACAGAAGUCUAUGUAAAUUGCAUCCAUUGCUUUGCCCUGAUCAAGAUUUGUAGUCCAUAUGUUUUUGCAGUGAAGAAGUUGUAAAUUACAGGAUAAUUUUUUUCUGAAACCAAAUUAUUUAUUAGAGAGUAGGUUGUUUGUUUCUAGGUGGAGGGUAAUGGAUUGGUUGAUCAUUGAUUCCAUUACUUUGCAGGUGACGCAGCAUAAGGAAAUUGGUCUGUAAUUUUCAACUAGGCUGGGGUGACUGUGGCUAGUGACCAUAGUUUGGGGAGGGAGCUGGUCCUGAAAGCUUUUCAAAGAUUAUGCUUAGGGGUUCUGCUAUAACAGUGGAGAGCUUUUUUAAGAAGUAUGCACAUAGACCAUCAGAUCCAAUAGAUAGAGAUGGUUUCAGUUUGCGAAGGCCUUUUCAACAUUAUCUUCUGUGAAAUCUAUUUAUGUUAGAUUGUUGAAAUUAUUGUUGGUACGACUGGGGAAUGUUGGGUAUGAGCCAUUACUGUUAACAAAGACUGAGCCGAAGAAUGUGUUAAAGAGGUUUGCUUUAACUGUUGACCCGCUCUCUCCUUCAACAGGGGGUGCAGGAUGAUCCGUUGCAAGGGCGUGCCGAGGAGUUUAGUGGUUUAUGUAUACGAUAAAAUCGUUCAGCUUCGGGAUGGCCUGGAUCAAAAUUGGGUGGAUCCAGGUGAGAGGUCGGAGACCCAUCUUGUUGAGACUGUUUUGGAUGGAUUUGAUCCUGUGGCUCCUGAAGACAUGGACAGGUUGUUGGGGAGGUUGAAUGCCACCGCAUGUUUACUGGACCCGUGCCCCUCCUGGCUGGUACUGGCCACGCAGGAGGUGACACGAGGCUGGCUCCGGGGGAUUAUUUUAUUUAUUUAUUUAUUUGAUUUUUAUACCGCCCUUCUCCCGAAGGACUCAGGGCGGUGUACAGGCAAAAUAAAAACAGACAAGACAAUAUACAGUAUAAAAUGCAAGAUUAAAAAACUUAUUAUAAUUAGCCUAAAAAUUUAAAAUGUAUAGAAAACUAAAACCCCAUUUAAAAUUAAUAAUAAAAAUUAUAAAAUCAAUAAAAUUUAAGCCAGCCCCGCGCGAAUGAAAAGAUGUGUCUUCAGUUCGCGGCGAAAGGUCCGAAGGUCAGGUAUUUGGCGUAAACCCGGGGGAAGUUCGUUCCAGAGUGUGGGAGCCCCCACAGAGAAGGACCUUCCCCUGGGGGCCGCCAGCCGACAUUGCUUGGCGGACGGCACCCUGAGAAGUCCCUCUCUGUGAGAGCGUACGGGUCGGUGGGAGGCAUGUGGUAACAGCAGGCGGUCCCGUAAGUACCCAGGCCCUAAGCCAUGGAGCGCUUUAAAGGUCAUAACCAAAACCUUAAAGUGCA